AUGGAUCACCCAAAUGUUAGUUCUGAGAUUUUGAGGGAAUUCCUUGCCUUCGAGUCCGACUCUAAAGAUAAGUUGGAGCAGCUUUUUAAUGCACGAGAGACAGAUAAUCAAGAAGCAAAUGGGAGGAGACGAACUGGCCACCGUGGUUCCAUUCCAGGCCAUAGAAUUGUUCAAUGCAAUCAUGUUGACAGUCACUCCAGAUUGUGGAAUGACUAUUUCAAGCCAGAUCCUGUUUACCACGAAGCAAAUGAUGCAUAUUUUAUCCAAAGAUGGAAUGCAGCUGGAGUUCUAGGGCUCUCUGCUCUUCAAAAGAUCACCACAGUGGUUAGGAUCCUCGCAUAUGGAAGUCCAGCAGACUCUUUGGAUGAGCAUAUACAGAUCAGUGAGAGUACUGCAAUUGCAAGUUUAAGAAGAUUUAUUAGAGGAGUUGUUACACAAUUGAGGAAUUGCCCAACUGCCUGGCAAGGGAUGUAUACUGGACAUUGUCAUUCGCUCACCAUUAUUUUGGAAGCUGUAGCAUCGCGUGAUCUGUGGAUUUGA